UGUGCUACAUUUUAUGAACACUUCAUUUUGUUUAUUUUGUUACUAAGCGAUAUUAAUUAAAAUGUUCAAGAUGGCGGCUAUAACCGCAAAUUCAUUGCGAGUAAGUAACGAUAAGAUUACUUUAGUGUGAUAAAAUGACCAGAAAAGAAUUACUCAGUAAAAGAAGAGAACGUAUUGUUCAGUUAUCAACGCCUAAAGUUUCUAAAGCAGUCUGGGCUACAUUAGGGCCACCAGUUGUUUGGGGCAAUCAGGAGUUAAUGAGACCUAUCAGCAAAGCUGCACUAAAAUGCCAAACUAGUAACCAUCUUCUGAGUCUUUCUGUACCUAAAAAAAACUUUCAGAGAGAUCACCCAGAAAAAUGUUGCAGAGACUACUUUACUUAUUCUUGCGGAAGAUCUUCUGUCAUCUGGCAAGUUCAAUCUAGUGCCAUGAAAGCAAAUGCUUCAAAACGCAUUGAAGAAUUAUCCAGACCAAAGAGUGUACCUUCAGGAUAUGAAGAGGAUAGAUUAUCGUACGUUUUGGGAUGUGGAAGAUCGUCGCCAAUAUGGACAGUAAAUAAGUCUGCAUUAAGUUCCAAUGCUCCAGAAAGGGUGAAUGAUCUGGCAAGACCUAAAUCUUUACAUCAAUCAUACAAACCAUCAAGAGAGGUUGUAUGGUUAAUUUCUGAUGCUGCAAAAAAUGCAAAAACCCCACCUUCGAUUGAAUCCCUGUCUCGUCCUAAAGAACGUCUAGAUUUACCUUCUCGCGACCCUGAAUGGGUUAUUAAAAAAAGCACUCUUUCUGCUCAUACCACUGCACGAGUUGAGGAUCUCUCAAAGCCAAAAAAGUUAACUGACCGUUAUAUUCCGAAUCGCGAUGUGGAAUGGAAAGUUUCACAUGCUGCAUUAAAUGCUAAACCUACUGAACGCAUAAAGGGAUUAGCGGUUCCUUUGUUACGCGAUGACAUGGAUCAUGUUCAAUUUGAUCCGUUGGCAUUUAAAGUAAAGACAUCCGCACUUAAAGGGAAAAUACCAAGUCGAAUUUAUGAUUUAGCACGACCUGUCGACAGAGGGGGAAACUAAUAUGACUUUGCUUUUCUGACCUAGUUUUUCUUAACUUUUUUAUCACUAGAAUUAGUUGAAAUUUUUUAUUUUUAUAAGUUUUUAUAACUUAUUAGUUCUAUUAAAAUAUGACUGACCAUAAAAACGUUUUUUUUUUUCAGCACUAUUGAUAUUAAUACUUUUUUAAAGCUAUUAUAACUUAUAAUAUUUUUUAUUUUUUAUCAUGGUAUUUUACAUUUGACAUUUGUACUUGAUUUAUAAAACAGUUUAACAUAAAAAUGUAUCAACUUUUUCUAAUUGUU